AUGUGGCCAGCGUCGCAGUACUCCCACACAAAUCAUGCGCAAAAUGCUGCAAAAACAAAUGAACAUCAGAACCAACAGAAUUUGAAGACGUUGGGCAUGACAUCUGCUAUAUCUAUGGCAGGACCCAAACCGAUUGACAUAGAAAAGACAAAUGAACUGAAAGAGUCUCUAGUACCGUUCGGUGUUUUCGAAUCCGAGGCGGAAAUGCACCAUCGUAUGGAAGUGUUGGGUUCCCUGCAUAGACUUGUGCGUCAGUGGAUUAGAGAUGAAUCGUUGAGAAAAAACAUGCCGCCGAGCGUCGCUGAUACUGUCGGCGGUAAUAUUUACACGUUUGGAUCUUAUAGACUUGGUGUUCACCACCGUGGUGCCGAUAUUGACGCACUUUGCGUGGCGCCCAGACACAUCAACAGAUCAGACUAUUUCCAGUCCUUCUAUGAGUUGUUGAAGACUCAACCUCAGGUGAAAGAUUUAAGGGCGGUGGAAGAUGCCUUUGUGCCCGUCAUCAAAAUGAACUUUGAUGGCAUAGAAAUAGAUUUGUUAUUUGCGAGACUUGCCCUCAAGGAAAUACCAGAUUCCUUCGACCUUCGAGAUGACAUGCUGUUGAAGAACCUCGACCAGAAGUGCGUGCGUUCGCUCAACGGCUGCCGCGUCACGGACGAGAUACUGCGCCUGGUGCCUAAUAUAAAUAACUUCAGGCUGACCUUACGGGCCAUCAAACUGUGGGCUAAGCGUCACGGCAUCUACUCCAACACGCUGGGCUACCUGGGCGGCGUGUCGUGGGCGAUGCUGGUGGCGCGCACCUGCCAGCUGUACCCCAACGCGUCGCCCGCCACGCUCGUGCACAAGUUCUUCCUGGUGUUCAGCCAGUGGAAGUGGCCGCAGCCGGUGCUGCUCAAGCAGCCGGACUCCGUCAAUCUGGGCUUCCCCGUCUGGGAUCCGAGGGUGAACGUAUCGGACCGGUUCCACCUUAUGCCCAUCAUCACGCCGGCGUACCCGCAACAAAACUCUACCUUCAACGUGUCAGCCUCCACUCGGACUGUCAUCAUGGAGGAGUUCAGACUUGGUCUCGCAAUAACGGACGAGAUAAUGUUGGGCAAGUGCGGUUGGGAGCGGCUGUUCGAGGCGCCCAACUUCUUCUCGCGCUACAAGCACUUCAUCAUGCUGAUGGCGUCAUCCGCGCGCGCACCCGACCAGCUGCAGUGGUGUGGACUCGUCGAGAGCAAGAUACGGCAUCUCAUCACCACGCUGGAGAGGAACCAGCACAUCACGAUAGCGCACGUGAACCCCGAGUGCUACAACUCGGUGCCGCUCAACACCAACAACGGACAGCCGCUUGCGUUGCCGCCAGGAACACCGGUACCACCUGAGAACGCCAAUGAAAAUGGUGAAGUGAAAGCAAACGUGUGUUCCAUGUGGUUCAUCGGCUUGGUAUUUGACAAGACAAAUGUGAAUGUGGACUUAACAUAUGAUAUCUCAUCGUUUACCGAAGCAGUUCACUAUCAGGCUGAAAACACUAAUAUGCUACGGGAAGGAAUGACUAUUGAGGCUCGUCACGUGCGCCGCAAGCAGCUGCACCAGUACCUGUCGCCGCGGCUGCUGCGCCGCGAGCGCGCCGCCAAGCGCAAGCACGACGCGCUCCCGCCCGGCGUCAAGAAGAGCAAGCGUUUGUCCGAGAGCAGUGCCGAUGAAGUAAGCGUUCUGUCAUACAACGAAGACUCAAACUCCUCAAAUGUGUAUGAGUGUAACUUGCUAAGUGAUGUGACAGUGACGUGCUAUCAGGAGGCGGCAUUUGUCGGUUACAAUGAUUGGCUGACA